GACGUUACAGUCGACCACAGCAAAUGAGACAGCUUAGCUAUAAAGAGAAUGUCGCGUGCGCCCGAGGUUGUUGCUGAUACGUACUGCUUCAACAAAAACCUGAACUAUCGCAACAGACACGUAAAUCACAUCCAAACAUGAGUGGAAUCACCGACGAGGCGGCCAUCGAAGGCCACGAUCUCAUCCACAACGCCGAGUUGGAGGAAGAAAGGCUGCACGAGCACGAUAAUGACCAACCCAAGGCACAGAAGCCCUCAGGGGAGCUCGGCGACGCACCAGCCAAUAAAGAGGCUCCGCAUCACAAAGAGUCAACGCUCGACAAGGUCAAGGAGGCUCUGCAUCUGAAGAAAUAGUGCUGCAACGAAAUACCAUGGGACUGCGCCUUGACUUGGGGAACGGCAAUGAGGCUUACAGAUUGAACAAAGCUCAUGCACGCACCUGCAGCCUGCUGGGGGGUAAUGAUGUUGAUUUUCGGAGAAUACCGCACGUAGCUGCAAAAUGCCAUAAGACCAUUUUCCUGUUACGUGGUCACAUACCCUACUAUUAAGCCACGAGUCAUGAUUAUCGAU